CCAGAGAGGGGGAAAAAAGGCACCUGAGAGCUCUGGGAAGGAGCAGCAACACUUGUAGACCAAGUUCCUUUCCACUCCUGUAGUCUUUGAUGCAGAUCUUCUCCAGCUGAGCAUCUGUCAGAGCCCUUGGCUGUGCUGUGCUGCUUUGUGCACCCCUAGGUGUGGGGUGACUUACCCGCACAGCCCUGUCUGCACCAGGAAGCAAGUGCCACGUCCCCCACUCGCCUCGCCUCCAGCCGCCUAUCCCUGCUGCUGUGUCUGCGCAUGGCAUGGCCAGGGGGACAUGGGCAUCCUCCCCGAAUCAGAGUGGGCAUCCUGGAGCACGUUCUUUGAGGGCACCUUCUCCAGCUCCUGGUACAGCAAACACAAGACUGAGCUCUUGGGAGUUUUACUUGCUGCUGCCUCAAAUGUUCUGAUUAGCAUCUCUUUGAGUAUACAGAAAUGCAUUCAUCUCCGACUGGCUCGCCAAGCAGAGCUGAAGCCCUUCUACAGGAGCAAGCUGUGGUGGUAUGGAGCUGUCCUGCUGGGCCUUGGAGAGCUGGGCAAUUUCACAGCCUAUGGAUUUGCCCCCAUUGCCCUUGUUGCUCCACUAGGAUGUGUAUCUAUCAUAGGUAGUGCAUUUAUUUCUGUCUUAUUCCUAAAGAGGACCAUGAGGGCUGCAGAUAUACUGGGAGGAACUCUGGCAGUAGUAGGGACAUUCCUGUUGGUGACAUUUGCUCCAAAUGUACCCCAAGAGCUCACAGCAAGACGAGUACAGAAUGACUUAGUGAGCUGGCCUUUCUUGGUAUAUGUGAUUUUAGAAAUUAUAAUAUUCUGCAUUCUCCUUUAUUUUUACAAAAGAAAGGCUGUGAAGCACAUUGUGGUUUUGUUAAUGAUGGUGGCAAUGCUGGCUUCGCUGACUGUCAUUGCUGUGAAGGCUGUGGCCAGCAUGAUAACGCUCUCUGCCAAAGGGAAAAUGCAGCUAACUUACCCUGUUUUCUAUAUCAUGCUCAUCUUAAUGGCAACUUCUUGUGUUUUCCAGGUCAAGUUCUUAAAUCAAGCAAUGCAUCUAUAUGAAGCAAGAGCAGUUGUGCCCAUUAACUUUGUGUUCUGCACCACGACCGCCAUCAUAUCAGGGGUCAUAUUUUAUCAGGAAUUCCAAAGUGCAACUUUCCUGAGCGUGUUCAUGUUUCUGUUCGGGUGUCUCCUAUCUUUCCUCAGUGUAUUUGUAAUUGCAGUAAAUAAAAAAGAGGAGCAUUUACAAGUUCCUUAUAUUGACUGUGGAUGUAUUCCUGGACAAAAAUUGACAGGCAAAAUACAACCAGAUUCUUACGGUUCAUGCUAUGGCACUUUGAAUAAUAAAGAUGACUCGGGGAAAAAUCAAAGCUGAAAGAAGAAGGCACCUUACGUUCCACUUAAUGAGAGGAAUGCCACUGGAACAAGAAGCCGCAGCACCUUUUCAUUGGAUGUACUCAAGUAGACAUUGAAUUCCUGCACGUUGAUGAGUCAUAUGUUAUUUAAUCUUACUUAAUUUAUCCUCUGGCUGUCCCAAAUGUGUUUUGAAGAUAAAGAAAACCUUAAGAAAAACUUACUAACCAUUAAUGAAACAGAAUGUUCUAGAAGUAUAAAUGCCUCUCAGUGACGAGUACGGAUAUUUUUUGACUUUUAAUUGCCUAGAAAUGCAAAUAGGCACAUGACAGGAUUUUUAAAAGUUGUUUUUGAAAACCCCCAGAUGUGCAUAGAUGCUUAAGGACAAAUAUGGGAAAUAAAGAGGAUUUUUGUGAGAGACUUCAAAAUAUUCUGCUGUAUAUCUACUGCCUUUAAAAAUCUGAUCCUGCUUGUUCAAUAAUCAAAAUUGUAGGUAUAUAUGCGGUAUGAAUAAUCAUGUACACACAUUUUUACUAUGUGCAGAGGGAAAAUCCUGAUCAUCUUUUGCUAUCAGACUAAUUCUCUUAUCUUCAAAGGACACACAUGCACGUAUUUGCAAGGAAUCCAGCCAAGGUGGAGCUGAGCAAUCAAGUGUGGCAUUUUAUAUCCUUCCCAUGUCUUGUGUACUGAGCUGGACUGGCCAUAUUUUAAAUUAGUCUAGACUAGUCUGAGGAUUAGCCACUGUUUUUAGGAAAAGAGGGUUUAAUGAAGGAAGUGCAAAGAGAAAAAGAGGGAUCCAGGCUUCCUCUCUUUAUAUGUAUUUCAACACCCCAAGAAAGCUCUGUAUGAUAGAUAGAGUGAUAAAAAUAUUUAUAAAAUCUUGGGAACUAUUAACCAGGGAGGAGAGGGUGGUGAAACCUUGGCACAGGCUGCCCAGAGGAGCUGUGGAUGCCCCAUCCCGUAGGCACUCAAGUCCUGGUUGGAUGGGGCCCUGUGAUGGCAGGUGGCAGCCCUACCCAUGGCAGGGGCUUGGAAUUGGGUGGGCCCUAAUGUUCCUUCCAACCUCAGUUAUUCUGUGAUUCUAUGGUAUUGCAGAAAUACUCCUGAAAUAGAAAUUAAUGCAAAUUUUGCACCCUUACUACAGCCAUGGUAAUCUUGCAUGAGGAAAGCCUGUAAAACAUAGGGUCACUAGAGUCACAAUAACGGCACAAAUUUUCCUUCAUUAAAUGGUAGUUUCUCUACACUUAUUUGAAGAGCUGACAUCAAUGAGGGACCAUAGCAGUUCUCAGAUAACUAGCAGUGUUCCUCAGGGUCGGUGCUGGGUCCGGUCUUGUUCAACAUCUUCAUCAAUGAUCUUGAUGGGGAUAGUGGCCACCCUUAGAAAGUUUGCUGAUGAUACAAAGUUGGAAGGAUUGGCUGACACGCCUGAAAGCCGUGCUGCCAUUCAGAGAGACCUGGACAGGCUGGAGAGCUGGGUGGUAAGAAACCAGAUGAGGUUUAACAGAAGCAAGUGUAGAGUCUUGCAUCUGGGGAGGAAUAAUUGCAUGCACCAGUACAGAUUGGGGGAUGACCUGCUGGAGGGGAGCUCUGCAGAGAGGGACCUGGGUGUCCUGGUGGAUGACAGGUUGGCCAUGAGCCAGCAGUGUGCCCUUGUGGCCAAAAAAGGCAUUCUGGGGUGCAUUAAAAAGAGUGUGGCCAGCAGAUCGAGGGAGGUGGUCCUCCCCUUCUACUCUGUCCUGAUAAGACCUCGUCUGGAGCACUGCGUCCAGUUCUGGGCUCCCAGUACAAAAAAGACAGGGAUCUCUUGGAAAGAGUCCAGCGGAGGGCCACGAAGAUGGUGAAGGGCCUGGAGCAUCUCUCCUAUGAAGAAAGGCUAAUUUCUAAGGUCUGUUCAGCCUUGAGAAACGAAGACUGAGUGGGGACCUGAUCCAGGUCUAUAAAUAUCUAAGGUGUGGGGGGCAGAAUGGCGAGGCCGGACUCUUUUCAGUGGUGAGUGGAGACAGGACAAGGGGAAAUGGCCGGAAACUGCAGCAUAGGAAGUUCUGCACAAAUGUGCGCAAGAACUUCUUUACAGUGAGGGUGACGGAGCACUGGAACAGGCUGCCCAGGGAGGUGGUGGAGUCUCCUUCUCUGGAGAUGUUCAAGACCCGCCUGGACACCUACUUCUGCAACCUGGCAUAGGGAACCUGCUUUGGCAGGGGGGUUGGACUCGAUGAUCUCUGGAGGUUCCUUCCAACCCCUAUGAUUCUGUGAUUCUGUGAUUCAGUGAUUCUGUGAUUCAGGUCUGGGAUGUUGUGGUGUCCCCAGGUCCUGGAAAGAGAACUGCUGUUGGGCAUUAAUGGUGUGCCCAUCCACCCUGCUGGUAGAUCUGGCCUGCCCCAGCUGAUAACUGCGAUGUUCACACACCUCCUCUGAGACAAAAAGUGCUCUUGAAAAGCAUUCAAUAAUAGCCUUCACAUCUUGGACAAGAUACUUCUUUUGGGAUUGGAUUAAUCUUCUGUAAUGGAUAUGGGCCAUAGGCUGAGCAGAUUUUGUUUCAUUGGGAUACAAUGAAAUGAGAUCUUCCUUUUUUUUCCCUCCCAAGUAAUUGUUUAUUUCAUUCUAAAAUAGGUAGAGCCAAAGAUCCAUGAGAUGGUUUCACUUCAAACAAAGUGUGCACAGCUCUGUAGAUUUUCCUAUUCAAGUGAUGUUCCAGCUGUGAAAUUUGCAGAGCUGUUUUUUACUGUGGAUCUUUUCCAGCUGGUACAGGACAGGGCUCAGUGUCUGCACCUUGCUUGUACCAGUUGCCUUCUUGCAGCCUUCCUUUACUCUCUCAUAGUUUAAGUUCAAUUUUCCCACAGUUCAUGAAAGAAAAGAUACCAGAUUCUGUAUGCUUUCUGCAGGGAAUAAGGGCAUACUUCUGUGCCUCCUAUGCCCCUUGCCUCUUGUGUGUCAAAUGUAAGUAACUUUCUGAUUCUCAAGUGAGAACAUGUGCUAAAGAUGUAAAUAGGAGGCCUAUAGUUUUUCAUUCUAUGACCUGGGAUGUGAAGCGGGACAUGAUUUAUUUUUGCUUCCUGUUAAAAUUACUGGCCUUGGGCAUCUUUCUGAAAUCUGCCUCCAUGAUUCAUGAAGGCUGAAGGAGAUAUAGUAUUUUCUCUUCAAUGUACAAAAUGAAAUGUAAAAACCCAUACCAAAAGUUAUUAUUGAUUUUUAAUUUUUGUAUUCUCAAAUAAUAUAUCUUUCCUUCAUAUGGGUUUAUGCAAAACUAUAAGGGUUAAAAAUGUUUUCCGUAAACUUGAAUGUAAUUAAAAUGAAUUUAUAGAGGAAAAUCUUGGCAGGAAUUAUGUGCAGUUAAAACUGGUGAUUAGACAUGAUUUUGGAAGUGUGAGCAUGUUCUGAAAAAUUAACAUAUCACAGGGUCAGAGAAACGUGGUGGUGGUAAUUUAUUACUGCUCUGCAAAGAAAGGGACGCAAUUUGUUUCAAGAAUCAGUUUCUAAUCAGUGUUAUUUUCAGGGUGGCCAGGCUGCCCAGGAAGGUGGUGGAGUCACCAUCCCUGGAGGUGUUAAGAGACAUGUGGACGUCACACUGAGAGACGUGGUUAGUGAGCAUGGUGAGAAUGGGCUGAUGGUUGCACUAGGUGACCUUAGUCUUUUUCAACCUGAAUGAUUCUGCGAUUUUGUGAUUUGCCUUGUGAUGUUUAGGUGACAAGUAGCACAGACAAAUGCGUACUGAAAAAAAGUUUUUUUCACUGGAACACAAAAAAAACUCCUGGAACCCUUCUCUUUACCAAUGAGUUAUUUUCUUGCAAUGUUUUUCCUGACAUCAAAUACAUGUGCCAGAUACAAAAUGUGAAACUUGCACCUGCAGACUGAACUUUCUUGAGCAGAUGCACCACAGGAUUUGAAAUAAAACUGAAGGGAGUCAUGGAGGACAGUCUGCAUCUCAGAUGGUCCCUGCUGGCUCCAGGCUGGGAUUUCUGACAGAUCAGAACCAGCAGGACUCACUCAGUGCUUGUUCCACUACUGGUCAGCUGCAGUAAAAGAUGAAAUAUUAACUGGCCACAGGCCUGGAAAUGGGAACUCUGGAGGAGAGCUAGGCAGUUUGUUUUUUGCCAUAAGAAAAUAUCAGGAUGCAUUUCAGCUUGCAAAUAAUAAUAAUAAUCUUGAACUGGAUUCCUACAUCUGCCAAUGAUAGAAGCCUGGCAUUUGCCUGUGAGGGUUGAUGCCAACUCCUCGCUAACCUGGCAGCUUCUGGUGGCAUGUGAGGGCUCUGGAGUUCUGACUUCGUACCUUGAGCUUCUUUGCUUUGAAGCUAUGGUGACAAUGCAAAACCCUGGGCCAGACUCACUAGGCCAUGGCUAGUGAGCACUGGGAAGCUCUUGUGGGGCUGAGGUAGGCAGCUCAUGGCAUGAGGAGAGCCCUGAAGGCAGUGAGGAGCAGGGACACGUGCACAGCUCGGCGUAAGGACUGACUUUUUCUAUCCAAUCACCAUUUGCUAUAAGGGGCAUGAACAGUGCUGGAAGGAUGGACAGGAACCAAAUCUCCCUACUUCUGACCUUAUAAUGGUCUCCCAUUGCAAUCUCUCCUCCCAACCCACUUGCAGGAUCUUUGAUUGCUUGGAGAGAAAACUGGUAACAGUGGGGUGCAGAUGAUUAGACAGAGCUGUCUUUCAGUUUGGCCUUUUGCUUUUAUCCUCAGAGACAUGACCUUCUCUUCUUUUUUUUUCUUUUCUUUUUUUGUUUGUUUAUUCCUCUUGGAGAAAUCAGCUGGGCUGUGUUAGCAGCUGGCCCAAAGGAGAUAAAGGCUAAUUACCAUAAUUGUUAUUGGAGGGCCAAGCUGGAUGUUGUACAGCAUUGGGCUUCUUGAGGAGAAAAAGGUAGGGAAAAGCUCAGCUCUCUGGUUUCACAGGAGUUUGAAAAAUCCUGUGUUUGCAGUGUUUCUGGAUUCCGGGACAGAAUUAGAGACAUCAGUGAAUAAACAGUGAUUCUAUAUAUUAUUGAAUGUGUUUUUAAUUUUUUUAACUGAUUUGGAAGUGAAGGAUGGCCGUUCUCUGCCUAGAGAAGCAAAGAGAAAAUCAGCUGGAGAUGUUGGCAGCUGGGAGUUGUUUCAACCUUUUGGAGCUGGAAGAAGCACAGAGGCUCCUUCCAACCGUUAAGUAACUGAGGGGCAGCACUGGCAAAUGCACCACUACGUAUUAAGCAGUUAUGACUUUUAAGAAGGGAUCCUUGUCCUGUUGUCAUGUCUGAAGCUGUUCAGAGGGCAUGUGGCUGAUCUGGCUUCUUAGGCUGCACAUAAACAUAUUUUUGACGCAUACUGAGCCACACUGUGGACUCUGGCCCCUUGAGCAUCCUACCGAUACGUCUUUGGUGUGCACUCCAUGCAGAGCUGUUGUGAAAAUCCUGCUGUGCGGUGUGUGUGUACCACAGGCUUACUCUGUAAAGAUACCAGUAUUGCAGUACAUUUCCUUUAACUUAAGAAGAGUUUCUGUCUAUCAGGAAGUUAUAAAAACCUACGCAUUUGGAUAAUAUUCUCUUUACUUCUUGACUGCCACCAGAAUUAGCAAAGACAGUUCUUCAUAUCCACAGGAGCAGAACUAUUGUCACCUCAGGAACUUCCAGACUCAACAGAUGAGACCCCGAAUAAAGAGUUAGGGGGCUACUCAGUAGGUUUCUUAUUUAACCUACCUCCCAGUUUUGCUGUUAGGUCCCUACAGUUAACUCAAGCCUUUCAGGGGGAAAGCGCACUUAAUAAUAUAAAAUCUGCAGUAGAUUUUGAUUGCUGACAGACGUGGCCAUUGGUGGUGGCAGCCAGCUUUGCAUGGACACAGAGAAAUGGGAUCAGGUGACUGGUAAGCUACAGCGGCUCCUGGACAACUGGCCACAGUGCCAACAGGACAGUGCUGACAGUUCUGAGAACAGCACCGCUGUAAAAGAACAACUGGACAGGUGGCUUCAACACUGACUGCUUAACGUGAAGUUAAUGUAUCACUGCAGCUGGCGGCACUAAUACCUUAAACAUGAAAGUGGCCUGUGGCUGCUUGAUGAACGAGCCAAUUUCUGUAUUUUGCUAGGUCACAACAGGGAAAAUGGAAAUGAUUGAUUUAAGCUUCCAGCACAAAUACGCUCUUGCCAGCUCUCCAGUUUGGAGAUUUCCACUCUUGGAAUAGGCAUUGCCUAGAUGAAAUCUUUGGAGCCUGCUGCCAGGUCUUUUGCCAGAAUCAUUAAAUAGGUUGAAAGAGCAGCACCGUCAUUCGUCUUCUGGUUGAUAGCUAGUGGGCAUACGUCCAGAGCUGCAUUAACACAGGAUCAGGACUUUUCUCCAUGUUUAAAAAAAUGACAGUGUUUUUCUUGAGUUUCAAUAGCAUGUGCACAGGCCUGGAGCCUCAUGUUGUCAAACGCUCUCUUGUACACUCAGCCAGCAGUAAGGGAGAGAGCCUGCAUGGCACAGAGGCAGCUCAUUAGGUAGUCCUCACCUGUCACUGGAGAUUACUGCCAGUAAUAACUCACAUGACAAUGGACUGCAACACCAAAGUACUUCUAUGUUGUUUUCCAAGAACAACUGUUCUGUGUUUUACAAGGGAAAGGAGAUGAGAAAUAUUAUUUAAUAUUACUAAACAUCACAGUUACUCAUGUGUUUAUUUUUUCCAAACAAUAUCUAACAUUUAAUUAAAGAGCCUGUCCUGGAAACACUGUCUGGGUUCUGGGAGCAUGGAUGAAGCUGGGUUGCAGAUAGGAGAAAGCAGCCUGCAGUCACCUUACCUGGCCUUCUGCCUCCUCCAGGCACUGCUGUGCAAGGCCUGUUGCCCACAUACAAGAGAAGGUACUCUGUCCUCUCCUGCAAGUCAAAUGAGAGGAUGCACCACUGCCAUUAGCAAGAGUACUAGCAGUGAGUCAUUGCUUUUGAAUUGUGCCUUAUGUCUAUUUUAAAGUGUCUGGAUUUAGCUUGCAGCUAUUUGUCUUUUACCAUUGAUUUAAAGCACUUGGUGAGUCCCUCUAGUAAAAUAGAGUAAGAUGACUUGGGCUUUUUGCCGAGCCAAACAGACAGACCGUUUAAGUCUCUCACCAUCAGACAUUUUUGUCAGCCUCAAAUUGCCUUCUGUGGUUGUCUUCUGCUCUAUCUCCAUUUUUCCAGAGUCUAAAAUUGGCUUAAUGAGUGCCAAAUAUGGUGUAGAAAUCAGACCCUAACACCACUGACGAAGUAGCACAGAGCUGGGCUGGAGCCAGAACACAGUGGUCAGGGUGCCUGACUUCCUCUCUUCCCCAGAGCUGAGCCCAGCCCAGCUGCCAUCUCUCCCAAGAGGUGCCUGAUUUUUUUUUCUCACUAUAAUUUAACAGUGGCUGUUUUGCACUCCCAGAGAUGCAGCAGUCUAGAUAAGUCUCAGCAAUUUGACUUCUGAGUCAUCCCUGAGAUUGGUGGUAGUCCAAGACGUCUCCAGGAGGCUCAGCACAGCUGGAAACCCUGAAAAUGAGUGGCGUAGGGACGGACAGGGGAGUGGUGGCACUGGGCAAUAGAACUGUGGAAUCACAGUAAAGUUUGGGUUGGAAGGGACUCUUGAAUAUUACCCGGUUCUGCCGGGUAAGGCUGUCUUAGGAAGGGCUGUCUUUUGCCGGAUCAGGUUGUCCAACCAUGAACACUCCCAUGGAUAGGGCAGCCACAGCUUCUCUGGGCAAUCUGCUCCAGUGCUUCACCACUCUCACUGUAAACAGCAGCAGCAGGAAGCAACCUCACACAGCUGCCCUUUCUCCAGUGCCAGAGCAGCUUGAGCUCAGCCCAGAUUUGAAAGCAGAGUGAUUUUUUAGCAGCCAUUUGAGAUGCAGCAAGUAAACAGAAUCAUAGGAUAACAGAAUCACUUGAGUCGGAAGGAACCCUUAAAGGUCAUCUAGUCCAAAUCCCCUGCAAUGAACAGUGACACCUACAGCUACAUCAGGUUGCUCAGAGCCCCAUCCAGCCUGACCUUGAAUGUCUCCAGGGAGGGGCAUCCAACAUCUCUGGGCAACCUGUUCCAGUGCUUAACUACUCUUAUUAUAGGAAACUUUCUUUGAAACCAUUUCCCCUUGUCCUAUUACAACAGACCCUGUUAAAGAAUCUGUCCCCUUCUUUCUUACAGCCCCCCUUCAGAUACUGAAAGGCUGUUAUCAGGUCUACCCAGACCAUUCUUGAGGCUGUUCAUUCCCUUGGAUCAUUUCUAUGGCCCUCCCCUGGACAUGCUCCAACAGGUUCACAUCUCUCCUAUACUGAGGACUCCACACCUGGAUGCAGUACUCCAGCUGAGGUCUCACCAGUGCAGAAUAGAUGGGCAGGAUCACCUCCCGCACCCUGCUGGCCACGCAUCUUUGGAUGCAGCCCAGGAUAUGGUUGGCUUUCCGGGCUGCAAGGAAGGCUCUCAGUGUGGGAAAAGCCUGCCCAAAAGAUUGAUCUUGUUUCAAGAUUGAUGACAGCUCACUAGGGAGAAUGAGUGCUUUAAUUUGUGAUACGUAGCAAAAAAGUUCCUGCUCCCUCUGCCUCUCACUGCUCACAGUCUCAAAGGGAGGAUGCAUUUUGAAAGCAGCAGCUAAGUCAUCUCUCCUCUGGGAGGAUGUGAUCACCUGUGAUGACUCAAAAUGGGGUAUCAGAUUUUGGUAUGGCAAAGAAUGCAUUUGUAUUUGAGAUAAUGUUGGGAUAUAUUUACAAAUCUUAGUCCAGUGAUACAGCACAGAGAAGGCACAGCUCUUUUGCUCUAUGAACAGCUUGAAUUAUGUGUUUUGAGUUGUUUGGGGUUUUGUUGAGCUUUUUUUUUAGUAAUUUAAAAUUAACAGAUCAGUAAAGUCACAUCAAUCAACCCAAGGUAACCUGUGCUGGAAUUCUUCAUUUGAAAAUAAAUAAUAAUAAAAAAGCUGAUUUUACAGUGAAGUCUUUGCAAAUAAAAGGCCAUGCUGGAGCACUUUGAAUGUGAUUAUGGUGACUCAUAUUUUUAAUGGCUUUUUUUUUUUUAAUCUUGCAAAUGGCUUCUUUCCAAACAAAGCCCUACAAGGCCUCAUAUAACAAACAAGGGUUACUGCUCUUUUCCACACAUAACAUGAAAAAUAUCCUUCAGCGGAGCGGAGCGAGCUGCAGCCCAUCUGCUGUAGCUUGGCGUGGCGCGGCGCAGCUCCCUGGCCAUUACACAUGCCUCUCAGUAAAGCAAACCACCUGUUUCCUGCGCAAGAUUCCGCCCCGAGCGUCCCAAAAGCUUCUUCCAGAGUGAAAUCCAUCCAAACCGCUGAUGGGGGAUGACAACCUUGGCAUUCUCUUCUGCUGCAUUUGUUGUUAUGCUGGUUGUUUGCUGAAGGGCUCCGUGGACUUUAGUCUUCUUUUCCAUCCAGACCAGACAAGGGCAGGCUGUGCCAGAGAUAAAUAGACUCUUAUUUUCUUGUUGAUCAUGCUGCCUUGUUCUUCAGCUGUGGUCAGCAAAGGCUUCGCUUGGGAGCCCCAAAGGACACCUUUGGAAGAGAGGAAAGUGGAGAGAGACAUUUUGGGGCGAGCUGGCCAAGGAGAGACCUGACCAUAGGCCUGAUCCUCGAUUCAGGGCCUGAUGCUGCAGACAGCUGGCCAAGCCUUACAUGGAUCUCAUAUGAAAGAAGUGGCCACGUGAAUUCCAGGAGCAUCCCAUGUUCACCAGAUGCUUCACCGAAGCUCUCACAGUGAGCCAAGCUGUAAUUCUGCCAAGGAUGUGCAGAGCACAAAAUGGCAUUUCCCCCAGCUGCUGGCCAUCACACUGGCCAGGCUACAGCCAAAGCUGUUACACAGCAGCUCUGAUCAGUCUAACAUCAGCUUAACUACAGAUGAAGGGAUGCCUCUGCUAAUCUCACUGCUGCUGCUCAGAGCAGAUCAGGGACUGUUCUCAUAGACCCAUCCAUGAGCUGCCCUCAGUCACAGGAAUGGGUAGGGCUCCUGCACAUGGGCAAGACUCCAAAGGAUGCAGUGCUUUGUACAACAUAUCCCAAGUGAGGUUAGGGCAUGCAUGACACUAGAGAACCUCUUGUUGGUCAGAAUACUGAUAAGAACUAGACCUAUGAGAAGGGGGCUGAGGACCCCUGCUAGGCUGCACCUUUGCUGUUGCAGUCCAGCAGGUGCCAUGUAGAACUUUAUAAAGCAUGAGUCCUGUUUUGUGUCUGCCUUGGUCCUCUUACCUGAGACAGCAGCACUGGUACAACAGGCAAAAUCUUCCCAGUCAUAGUGGCAGUGUCCCAGACACAUGAAGAGAAGCAGCCCAGCCAUGGUGGGAGACUCCUCUAGAGACCAAGUGCUAACAUGUCCCACUCUGGCCUGUGGUUUUGGAAAGGCUAAUGGCUUCUCUGCAUCAGACUGAGGAUCCCCUGGCGGGAUAACAACAACAUGCAUCCACAAGUAUACAACGUGCUGUGCCACACCGUGCUUACAGUGUACCUUAUAAAAUUUUUUCUUAGAGCCCAAAGUUAGGCAACAUGCAGUGAAUAUAAUCAGGAGUAAGAAGAAUACUCAUUUGCUACACAUAAGUAAUCCAAAUGUAAGAUAAAAUCACAGCUUUGAAACAUGUCAUCAUUAACUGUUGGCCAAAACAAAAUCAUAACUAAAAUAUAUAUCAAGUCUGGCUGGCCAGAACUCAAGGCCAUGCUAAUUAAUAAAGCUGAGUGGUAGCUCUAAGUAAGCCAUGAGCAGGGCCAGGCUGCAGCUGAGUCUGGUUGAAGUCAGGUAACUCAUGCAACAAACAUUAUUGUAGAGCUGUAAAGAUGACCUAAGCAAAAACCUAUAAGAAAGUGCUAAAAUAUGGUAGGAAUAGUUUCUACUUUGCAAAAUGCUCCUAAUUCUGCUAUGUUGGUAGAAACCUCCUUCUGGAGCAACAACUCUUGUUGGCUCUCCCACAGUCCCCCCUUUUGCUUUACACUUUGGUGCAUUUUGGUGCUCCUGGUGAUGACAGAGGUACCAGAGCUGUGAGAUGCCAGGACACCAGUUUGACACCUCAGCAAACAUUGAUGUUGAGCAUCUCUUAUGUAGGGGUCUCCCCUUUAUCUUUUCGUGUCACCCUGAUUGCAGCAUUCAUUAAGCACUCAGUGGAAGUUGGUUAGGGCUUAGAGUGUGACCACAGAACAAAUAAUUCAUCAAGAUAAAUGGCAGCAUGAACACAAGAAUAAAUAGGCUGACAUUUACCAUAAAAAUGUGUCUGGAAAUACAGCUUCCAGCCAUACUGCUGUGGAGGUCUCUCCCCAUUUCAUGCUCCAUAAUCUGAUAUAGCUGCAAUGCAAACUCCUGUGCAUAGCAGAAAGCAUCUCAUCUGUGCGUAGCGGAGCUGCGAGGAAGUGAAAAGUCUUGCCCUUGAGCCCAGACUGCACAGUAGCUGAGGUAUUCCAGCAGCAGUGUUUACAUUGGAAGAGCCAAUCCAGCCUACUGCAACAGUGGUAACAAGGACUCCAGCAGCACUGGAGAUGGUGUCCAGAAGUGGAGGAAAAUCAUAUAAAGCUGCUGGGUUUUACUACAGCACUGUCACAUCUAAUACGCUUCUUGAGAAUUAUGUAUCUGUUGGAAGAUGGAAGCAUGAUGUACUCUAAAGAGUACAGGUGAUGUAUGAGGCAGAUAUAUGGGUGUAUGGGAACUGCUGAGUCACAGCCUGAACCUCUGAUUGAUCACCUGAGGUGAGCCAUGAGUCAGCCAGAGGAGCACAGCUGAAGGCAAUUCACCUGUGCUGCCGGAUGGGGUGGAGCCAGGCUGCACCCUUCCUAGACCUAUUUAAGGGCUGGCUACCAGAGGGGAAGGAUGUCUUCUGGAGAUCCCCUCUCUUGGUGUCUUCUGGUGAGCUCAGCCAAAGGGUAAGCUCUACUACUUAUUCUCUUUUGUGAUCGUUGUUUACUUUGCCUAAUUCUCUUGAUUAUAUUGAGAUUAUAACAUCUUGAUAUCUAUUGAUUAUACAAUUAUAUUGUGAUUAUAAUGUCUUGAUUAUACAUAUGGGGUCUUCCCAAGCGAAUAAAACAGUGGACGAACUUCUACAAAAUGGUGUUUCUCUAUGCCUUUUAAUCCAGUUUUUGGCAAACAAAACUGUAGACUGUAGAAGUAGUCUUAAUGCAGUGGCCUUCAUGAAUAAUCAACUAAAAAUCAGACCACCCUUUGAAUGUUGUGACAACCCGCGUGUGGGUUUAAGCAUUUUUGGGGUGGGGGAGGUAGUGGGGAAGUUGCUUUGUUUUAGAGAGAUCUCACAAACCAUUUUCUGAAACCUUUCAGACCACAAAUAGUCCCGAGAGUACAGGCUGACAAAUACUGUCCCAAGGACACUUGGGCAAAAUAAAAUCUUAGAGCACAAAUGCAUUGUUCCCAAAAGCUGCCGAGUUCAUGAGGGAAUGCUGGUAGAGCAAGGGUGGUUAGAUCUCUCCAUUGUUAUUCACAGCUCUAAUUUACAGCUAAGUAGAAAACAGUGCUCUAAUUGUUGUCAGAGUGAAGGGAAUAUUUAAAUCCCAAUGCAAAUGUAAUCCAUGCUGUUCUUCUGCAAGCAUUUGUGGAAGUCCAGAGAUAGAUCUCCUGGGUGUUCCCAUGAAUUAGAGUAUAAAAUCAGAGCUGAUACAUUCAGUGCCCUGUGUGGUCUAGAUGACUUCAGUUCAUCAGUGAUCAAAGUGUGUAAGAACUGAGGAGUGCAGUUUUUGUGAAGCAGCCAAUACUCAGCAGUGUAAAAGCAUAUCAAGAAAGGAAAGUAGUCGGGCAACAGAAGACACCUCUGAAAAGCACCAGGUUUUCUCACGGGUUUCUUUCAUUUUCUGGGUUGAGCAGAGGCCUUCUGAGAGUCAAGAACAUUUUCUUUAUGAAUGAGAGGUACCUCAGAUAAAAGACAUAAAAGGAGAGUCUUACUAGAAUCAGUAC